CGGCGCCAAGAAAUUGUCAAAAUGACGGAGCAACUGAUCGAAGCUAUUAACAACGGUGAUUUCGACGCUUACACCAAAAUCUGUGAUCCUCAUCUGACGGCAUUCGAGCCUGAAGCGCUAGGCAAUUUAGUUGAAGGGAUGGACUUCCACAAGUUUUAUUUUGAGAACGUCCUGGGCAAGAAUUGUAAAGCUGUGAACACGACCAUACUGAAUCCGCACGUGCACCUCCUGGGCGACGACGCCGCUUGCAUCGCCUAUGUGCGACUGACGCAGUACAUCGAUAAACAAGGGCAAGCGCACAGCCAACAGUCGGAAGAAACGCGAGUGUGGCAUAAACGUGACAGUAAAUGGCAGAACGUACAUUUUCACCGCAGCGGAACGGGAUCCUCCGGAACGGGACAGUUUGACUAUGCCCAUAAGUAAACUCCGCGGAACAAAUGCUACUUCGAGCGCAGUCGCGGCUGUUCUCCACUAAAAGUGUAUUAAUAAUAAUUAAAAAAUUCUAGUUUAAUGAUAAAUAUAUAAAGAUAUUUUAUCUCUUUGAUAGGAUGACCAUACAAAAAAUAUUUAUGAAUUAACUUCGUACAUAAAAUAUUCCAAUGGAAUUAGAUUGAGAUGAAUGGAUAGAGCAAAAAUAGACGUCAGGACAGAAAAUACACGAGUACGAAAAAGCUUAGUUAGUGUCUCUCUCUGAAGAGAAUGUCACGCGCGUUUUUUAUUCACUUUAGAAUCUGAACGGAGAUAUCGAAACUGCAUUACUAGUCCAAGAAAUAUAGCCAAAAAUUUGUAUUUAUUUGUUUUAUACAUAGAGAAUUUUUGAUCACUGAUCUUUGCCAAUGACCCAGUUAACCAGGCGCAAUUGUGAUCGGGAACUCGAUGUAUUUUAUAUGUGAGUUAAGACUUUUUGAAAUAUAUCAUAUAAAAUAAAGGUCCAAAACGCUUAUUUCUGUGGGCCGCGAGGUUAAAAGUGAGCAAACUGUAAGAGAUUUAAUACGUUAUACGGAAAUAACAUAUAUCAAAUUUUUAAUUAAUUGUAACGAUGUAUUAAAUAAGCCAUAUUAACUCGUAGAUGCAAAGACGUAGCUUUUAUUUGCACGCGAUGGAGAUUCAAAGAAAUAUUAUUUUAUAUUAGUAUAUUUUUAUUUAUCAAGUUUAAUCAAAUAUGCCAUAAUGGAUCAGCGUAAUAAAUUUUAUAAUAUUUUUUCUUUUGUAACCAAUAUACAGUUAACUCUUUUGCUACGGCAGCGUUCUCCCUGAUACUGCUGUACAGAAAAGCAAACCGCCCAGCUGUACAUAUUUCCAUAUUUUUCAAUAAUGAUCAAUAAAAAUGUAUUUCAAAUUUAAAAAUUGCACGCCUAAAGAACUAAAAAUUACAAUAACAUAUUAGAAUUCCCAAUAACUCAACUUUGAGUGAUAAAUCUUAAAAAAAAAGGGUUGUCACACUGGAUGUCGUCUAUAGGCGUCACUCGUACACAAGGUAGUCAUGUGGAUGUUGCCUAAAGGCAAAGCUGGUAGCAAAAGGGUUAGUACACAAAGUACUCACAAGUUUUACUCAUUUCAUACUUAGAUUUUAUAUGGCAUCGCUUGAUUAAAUCGUUCAUCAUACAUAUAAUUGUUAUACGUAUACCCAUAGUGCCAUAUAUUACUGAUUUUUUUUAUAAAAACCAACAGAGUUAAAAAUUGAUUAUUAGUUUUGGCAUGAUUCUCAUACAUUUUCCCAGGAACGAUAAAGUAUUUGGACAUUUAGAUUUGCAUAAUUCAAAAAAUGGACUUUUCAGUGGUUGAAUAUCGUCAGUUUCGUUUCACCGGAACCAGUAUGCGCAAUUAGUGACCAUUCGUCUCUUAGAUAGCUAAAUGAUUCGUAUAUUAUAUACAUACACUUAACUAUAUUGAUAUAUAAUAUAUCAAAAGUAUAAAAAUUGACUUGUUAU